CGCCACUGUUUAACUAAUAACUCUACCCAAGAUCUAAAUUGAAUGCCUUUAAUAAGUAACAAAGUUUUGCAAGUUGUAGUAUAUUCUGUUUAAUACGUACCACUUUCUCCCUUCAAGACACUUACACUUGCAAAGCUGACGAAGCGAUACUAACCGCGUCUUGACGAGUUGGGGGCCGUUACACUCAUCAGAAUCACACCAGGCAGACAGCCUCACAAAUUGCUAUCGAUUUGCCCUCAUUCGGCUCUGGAAGGGAAAACACAUCCAAUCAUAUGUUCAGAGCUUGCAGAAGUCAUGCAAGUAAGACUCACUCGGUAUCCAACAAAUGACCGAUUAAUUUAGUUCCUGAAUCCAGGCAGUUCCGUUUACUUUAAAACCAUCACCCCCCUACUUGGCUAGAGUAGCAAUCAUCAAAACCUUCACCAAAUGGAAACCAGCAAGAGCGAAGAUACAACCAAAGAUGCCCCUCCAAACCCGGAAUGGUUUCUGGCAAAUUGUAUAAAGACUUCGGAUGAAUUGGCGAAGCUGGAGACGAGAAUUGUUUUCAGAGAUGGACUCCUGGAUGGCAAGGCAACGGAUAUAACGACGACGGACAAAUACGAAGUGCUUUCUUGCAUGUAUCAAGACUUGAAAGAUUUGGUGUCUCCGUCAUCUGAUGCUGACCCUGAAGAAAAAGAUGUUCCAAAUAUCAUGAGCAUCUCAUCGCCAAAACAAGCUCGAUUUACCAAUGAUGGGGUUAUUUUGAGGCUUCCUGGGGAUAACGGAAAGGCGCCCGGAUUCAUGUUGGCUAUAAUCGAGCACUUCGCGCGAGAAGUUGGAGCGAAACUGAAAAUGGAUCUCGUCAUGCCAAUCAAUCUCGUGAUGAGACUUCCGGUAACACCAAAGCGCUGAGGCAGAUUUCCUCGCCGGACUUUUCUACAACAGGCGAUUCUGAUGCUGGCCUUCCAACCCCGCCAACUCCCAAAGCAGAGACCUCAAGUACAGCCAGCGAAUCUGACAAGUCUUCAAAGAAAAAUUCCAAAUCACGCAAGAAACUCAGGUCGCGCAGAAAGUCUAAGAAAGAUGGCUCAAAAACCAUCGUUCUCAAGAAGUCCCCCAAGCACAAAUCCAAAACAAAAAAAAGACAGUUCUGAAGAUGAUGAGACUGAUGACGAUGAGACAUCAACCACGAGCGGAUCUUCAUCGAGCAGUUUGCCAGAUGAUGAUAUAGUGGUUUUUGACCAGCCAUCAAUAGAUUUCUACCGCCAGAUCAUUUCUUGUUUCGACAGAAAGGAGAUAGGAGAACAGAAUGAAGCAUGCAAUCCCGCGCAACAGAAGCCCACACUUGUGAUUGCUAUUCUGGAGAUCUUUGAAGUAGCUAAUAGAUUUUCACAAAUUCUCAGUCAUAUCCGGUCUUGUAUCUGGAGUCUUCGUGGCCAGCAUAAUGUGCUUAUCAUUGCAACCGAUCAGGGAUCCAGCUCGAUAUAGUCUGGUCCCCCACCUCCUCCACCUGGUCCACCACCUCUUUCCGCAUUCCAUAUGCCUCCACCGCCUCCACCACGGCCACCACCUCCGACAACCCCUUCUCCCUGGCGAGAUACCAGGACUCUGAGGUCAUUCUCUCAUAAUCCGGUUACAGAAGCCAUAGAGAUUGUACCUGUUUGGUCUCCAUCACAGAUGGACCUCUUUUUGAAGGACAAGGAAGCAGAUAUGGUGGUACAAAACAUUAGGGCGCUACAACAAGAAGUCAAAAAGACCUCCAAUGAAAAGGAUUCGCCAGUCUUACAACCAUACAACGGAUGGAAAGUGCACAGUGGUAGCGAUACAGAAAAGUUGUUGAAACAAAGUCUACUCUCUGGCCGAAAGCUCAAAAGUCUAGCUCACCGAAUUGCCAAGGGUUAUCCAACAGCCACUUUUGAUGAUCUUGUGGCUAAAGAGUCAGAGGAAUCUGAGGCUCGUUCUAAAGUCAUUGAUACAUGGAAUGAAAAUAACGAAGCAGGUUCCUCAACCAAGUGGUCUAGACUUCCACCGCAUGCUUAUAAAGCAGUGAAGAAGAUCCAAGACGACCCUCAGCAAUACCAAAAGGAGAUUGGGCUUCUCUAUAAUGUGAUAGAUCCUGGUCAGCAAACUUCUCUAAUAUCAAUAAUUUGAUAAGACAACUAAAUUUUCAUAGAUGAAACCGACGGCACUUGGUCUGAUAUCGCGCUCGAACCCAGAAUCAAGACCUACAUCACUCAGAUGGUCUCGCUCAUAGUCUCCAAGGGAAAAUCCCGGGGUCUUCUCAAGACCUCUCACUUAGGCGGUGCAAUCCUCUACGGUCCUCCAGGGAUCAAGCGCAAUCAUGAUCCAAGUUUCUUCCGCAGAACUGGAGCAGAAGUGGGUUGGCGAGACACCGAAAAUGAUCAAAGCCCUGUUCAAUUUGGGAAAGUUACUCUCACCGUGUAUCAUCUUCGUCGACGAAGCGGAGGCACUCUUUCGUGCGAGGGGUUCUCAUGAUUACAGCUUUGAGAGAACUAAAGUUAGUCAGUUGCUCAGUGAAACUGAUGGGUUGAAGAAGUCGGGUGCUGCGCCGUUUUUGCUGCUUGCUACGAAUCAUCCGGAGCAACUUGAUCAUGCCUUUCUACGUCAUCUUCCUGGACGGAUCUUUGUCGGGCUUCCGAGUGAGGAGGCGAGAUUGAAGAUUUUGCACAUCUUCCUACGAGACGAGGAACUUGAUUCUAGUGUUGAUCUCGAAGCACUGGCCAAGAAAACGGAAAAUUACACCGGCUCGGACAUCAAAGUUCUGUGUGUUCAAGCGGCAAUGAUUUUCCUUUCCGAAGAAGAGGAGGAAUCGUUCUCCGAUGUUCAUGGCAAUGAGGUCAAGAAAUUGAAGACAUCUCAUUUCGAUGAGGCGUUCAAGAGGACCGGUCCUACGGUACGAGAAUCUUCGAUGGCGGCGAUAAGAAAGUUCGCUAAGGAGUUUGAUCCUGUGGUGGUGACAGAGACUUAUCUGAAGGAUAAUCCGGCUUGGAGGGAUGCUAUGCUGUAUGAUGACGAGGAGUGGCCGCGUGAGAGUGCUUCAAUGUAUCUCUAACAUCAUACACAGAGAGAGAAUUUGUUGACUCAGCUAACUGGGCCAACAAUGGGAAAUAA